GACCGGAAGCGGAAGUGGCCUCUCGGCCGCUGUGGCGGCUGAGUAUCGCGACCAGGUGGAGUUUCUCCUGGAACCUUGUCUUGAGUGGAGCCAGACACUGAAGCCCCAGACAGCGUGCUGUUCCGCCUUGGGAGGAACGAGGCAGUACCGGCUUCGCCGGGAGCGGGGCUCCGGAGCGUGUGUAGGAGUUUGCUGGGUGGCAAGAACUGCGCGGUCAACGCUCUUUUUUCCAGCCUGCAGGGAUGGGCUCCAAGGCCAAGAAGCGCGUGGUGCUGCCCACCCGCCCGGCGCCCCCCACGGUAGAGCAGAUCCUGGAGGACGUGCGGGGGGCGCCCGCCGAGGACCCGGUCUUCACCGCACUGGCUCGGGAAGACGCCUUGGGCCCCUCUGGGAGGGCCGAGGACGCCGAGGCCCAGCAAGAGCAACUCUACCUCCAGAGCCGGAUCUAUGUGGCCAUGAACCAGCGGCUGCAGCAGGCGGGUGCCCAGUUGGAGCAGAAGCGUGCAGACCUGCAGCAGGCGGGCGAGGAGCUGGAGCGGGACAUCAGCCAGGUGGGCCAAGUGGCUCUGCCUGGCACAGCAGCCGCCUCCUUGGGGUAACCCCGCCCACCAGAACCUCGGGUCCUCCACUCAGCAUCUGGCCUGGCACACCUCACCUGACACCUGGCCCCUGGGUCCCAGAAGAUUUCUGGCUGUCUGUUCUGCAGCCUAGGUAUGCCCUGGCACCCAGAGACCCCAGGGGACACAGCCUGCCCAGUCGGUGUGGGGCCUCACUGGACACAGACCCCUCCCUGAGGAUGGGAUCCAGGUUGUGCACAGGCCUCUUGCCCUGAGGAGCCCAGACUGGACUUCCUUCAAGGCCCGGGGUCCAGGACCGUCAAUCCAUCCUCCCUUCCCUUCCUCUGGCGACCCUGCUUCACUGACCAAUCAGACUGAGCUGGUGGGACCCACCCCUCUGGUUCUGCCAUCCCCAUGUGAAUUGAGGGGGGCCCAGAGGUUCCAGGAGAGUGUGGGGGUGUUCAGUGUCCUCCCCAGCCCAUAGUGGCUGUGGUUGUGUGAGGAGCAGUAGCUCUCAGGGUGAGUGCCACCUCUCGGGGCCCCUGGCUCCCCAUCUUGGACCUGGGUGCUCCCCCAGGGCAGGCUCUUAUCUGUCUGUCACCUGUGGGAUUCAGUCACAUGGGGAUACUGUGAGAGGACGUGGUAGUCAGUCUCCACCCCGGCUUUCACCCAGUGCCCUUCCUCUUUCCACCUUCACCCGCAGAUAGGUGGGCGGUGGGCCAGGUGAGGACCGUGAAAAGGGCUUUCACCCUAAAAAACCAGUCCCGUGAAGACCAGAGCAGCAGACCAGUAGGAGGUGGUGAGCCCACUGAGCGCCUCCGACGACAGUCCCCCCAUGGGCCCCUCCUUUCCAGGGUCCCAAAAGCUCAGGGCGGCGCUGGGACUCCGCAAAGCAGACGAGGGACACCUCGCAUAUCCCAGGAGGAAAAGGUGUCUUCUUCACACCUAGAGACUCUAAAACUGGAAACUUGGGGGCCCAGGUGUUGAGAGAGUGUGGAUGCAGCCCCAGUAGCAGCAGUGGACACCGAGCAGCCUCCUCAUCCAAGGGAGGGCACUCUUGCACACAACAAACCCUGUGUCAAACUCAAGUACACUUGGUUGUGGGGAGUGAGGCUGUGCAGGCAGCACAUGGACCCGGAUGGAAGGCCUGCAAAGCCCCCUCCUGACCCCCACCCUGCUUCACCCCUCUGGAGACUAAGGCGCAGGCAGUUGGAGCGCGAUUCAACAGCUGUUUAUUAAAGGUGCAGUGAGA